AUGCAUUUGCGACUCUUUGCCAUCGUGACGUCGUUCCUUUGUGAGGCGGUGGAGACGCGGAGCGGUGAGUCACGUGUCGGAAACCCUUCAGCUCACAGAGAGACACCGGAGUGUCGCAGCUGUCUGGAGUGUUCCCGUGACAACGGCUGUGUCCGUUGCCCCGAGCGUCUCUUCCUGUUCCUGCAGAGAGACGGGAUGUCUCACCACGGGACCUGUCUCCCUCUCUGUCCUGCAGGACACUAUGGACAGAGAGGGAAGGACAUCAACCGCUGCAUGAAGUGUCGCUCUCUGGACUGCGAUCACUGCUUCAGCCGGGACUUCUGCACCCGCUGCCGAGCCGGCUUCCAGCUGCACAAAGGGAGGUGUCUGGCCCGCUGUCCGGCAGGAACCGUGGCCCACCUGACGGACUGCCUCGAGGACUGUCUCCUGGCUCCGUCGGGACAGUGGAGCGACUGGAGCGUCUGCCUCCGCGACGGCGGCACCUGCGGCUUCAGCUGGGGUCGGCAGACCAGGAUCCGGGGGGGAGGGCGGUCCUGGAGAACAGCCGAAGAAAAAGCGCCAUCACUUUGUCCGACGCACAGCGAGACGCAGCGGUGCAGGAUGAAGAAAAGGUGUCCGACAGAAAGAAGAAGGAAUAAAAAAGGAGGACUUGGACGCAAGAAGGAGAGGAAACGGACACCGGUCAAGGGACACCAGGAUGCGGGACACCGGUCAACGGACACCAGGACACCGGUCAACGGACACCGGUCAACGGACACCAGGAUGCGGGUCAACGGACACCAGGACACCGCUCAACGGACACCAGGACACCGCUCAACGGACACCAAGACACUGGUCAAUGGACACCAGGAUGCGGGUAAACGGACACCAGGACACCGCUCAACGGACACCAGGACACCGCUCAACGGACACCAGGACACCGGUCAACGGACACCAGGACACCGGUCAACGGACACCAGGACACCGGUCAACGGACACCGGUCAACGGACACCAGGAUGCGGGUCAACGGACACCAGGACACCGCUCAACGGACACCAGGACACCGGUCAACGGACACCAGGACACCGGUCAACGGACACCGGUCAACGGACACCAGGAUGCGGGUCAACGGACACCAGGACACCGCUCAACGGACACCAGGACACCGCUCAACGGACACCAAGACACUGGUCAAUGGACACCAGGAUGCGGGUGCUGUGCUCGGUCCCCUCCUCUUCAUCAUUUACAUCCUUCCCCUUGGACAAAUCAUCCGUCGUCAUGGUCUCGACUUCCACCGCUACGCUGACGACACCCAACUUUACUUCUCCUCCAAGACCAUCACCCCAGUCACCCACUGA